ACAAACCAUCAAGGCCUCCGGCUCCAGGCUCUGCUCAUAUGCUGAACGAGUUGCUUUUUUAAUGGACCGUUCCCGGAGCCCGGACAAAAGCACCCAGCCUCCAACACCAACUGACAACAUCAACCUUGGACCUUCUGCUAACCCAAAUGCCAAGCCAACAGACUUUGACUUCCUGAAGGUUAUUGGCAAAGGAAGCUUCGGAAAAGUUCUCCUGGCCAAACGCAAGUGUGAUGGGACUUUUUAUGCAGUGAAAGUCUUGCAUAAGAAAACUAUCCUAAAGAAAAAGGAGCAAAACCACAUCAUGGCAGAACGCAAUGUUCUCCUGAAAAAUGUCAAGCACCCCUUCCUUGUGGGACUCCAUUACUCCUUCCAGACCUCUGAGAAGCUUUACUUUGUGCUUGACUAUGUAAAUGGAGGAGAGCUCUUCUUCCACUUGCAAAGGGAGCGCUGUUUCCGUGAACCCCGGGCCCGAUUCUAUGCUGCAGAAGUUGCUAGUGCAAUUGGGUACCUGCAUUCCUUAAACAUCAUUUACAGGGACUUAAAACCCGAGAACAUUCUCCUGGAUUGCCAGGGACAUAUAGUAUUGACAGACUUUGGACUCUGCAAAGAAGGAAUGGAGCAAGAGGAGACAACUUCUACUUUUUGUGGCACUCCUGAGUACCUGGCUCCUGAGGUGCUAAAGAAGCAGCCGUAUGACAGGACAGUAGACUGGUGGUGCCUAGGAGCUGUCCUCUAUGAGAUGUUGUUUGGACUGCCUCCUUUUUACAGCCGGGAUGUGUCUCAGAUGUAUGACAACAUUCUGCACAAGCCACUCCAGAUCCAAGGAAGCAAGACUGUGGCAGCUUGUGACAUCCUCCAGGGACUUCUCCACAAGGACCAGAAGAGGAGGCUGGGUGCCAAGACAGACUUUCUUGAAAUAAGGAACCAUGUAUUCUUCAGCCCAAUAAACUGGGAUGACUUGUACCACAAGAGGAUUACUCCUCCAUUUAACCCUAAUGUGGCUGGUCCAGCUGAUCUGCGACACUUUGAUCCAGAGUUCACUCAAGAAGCUAUUUCUGCCUCCAUCACCCAAACGCCUGACCUAGCAGCCAGCAGCUCCAGUGCCUCAGAUGCCUUUUUAGGAUUUUCUUAUGCACCAACUGAAGAGGGCAUCUAGGUUUUAUAAAGGCUUUGAGAAGCCAGUUUUUAACCGAAUGGUUUUUAUGGUUUCGGGUGUGGGGUUUUUGUGGGCUUUUUCUUUUUUUGAAAGGAUUGGUUUGCUCAUGGUUUAAGGAAAUUAGGACUAAUACACUAACUG